GUGGGGGACCAGCAGGCAUCCCCAGACCCAUCCUCCUCUCUCCUGCCAGGUUUCCGAGACGUCCACCUCCAAGUUCUCCUUGGUUUCGGACUCCUGGUGGCUUUCCUCGGUCGCCCCGGGCCGGGCAGCGUGACCAUCAGCAUCCUCAUCAUGGCCUUUGCCAUCCAGUGGGCUGUGCUGAUCCAGGGGUUUUUCUACUUUUUCCUGAACGGCAAAAUUUACGUGGGAGCUCAGAGCAUGGUCAGCGCCGACUUCUGCACUGCGGCCGUUCUGAUCUCCACUGGAGCUGUUCUGGGCAGGGUAAACCCUGUCCAGAUGUUGCUGCUCACCUUGUUGGGAGUCACCCUCUUCACUCUCAACGAAUACAUCCUACUUGGUCUCAUGGGGGUAAACGACAGUGGGGGCUCCUUGACCGUCCACACCUUCGGUGCUUAUUUCGGCCUGAUGGUUUCACGGAUCUUGCACCAACCUCAUAUGGACAGCAGGAAGGAGCAGCAGGACACGGGACACCAGCCAGAUGUCUUUGCUGUGGUUGGAACCAUCUGCCUGUGGAUCUUCUGGCCCAGCUUCACCUCAGCCACCACCACCCGUGACAACGCUGGGCCCUGGGCCGUGCUCAACACCUACUUCUCACUGGCAGCGAGCACCCUGGCCACCUUCGUCCUCUCGCCUGUCCUCUAUGAGGAGAGCACCCUGCGGAUGGUUCAGAUCCAAGAUGCCACCUUGGCCGGCACGGCUGUGAUGGGUAUGGCUGGAGAGAUGCUGGUCACCCCUUUUGGGGCCCUCAUCGCGGGCUUUCUGGCUGGUCUGAUCCCCCCGCUUGGCUUCAGAUUCCUCACACCUGUCCUGUGCUCUAGGCUGAAAAUCCAAGACACUUGUGGGGUUCACAACGUCCACGGACUGCCAGGGAUCCUGGGUGCUUUGUUGGGGAUGCUGCUGACGGCACUGGCCACCGCGGAUGCU